AUGACCGCACCAUCACCUAAAAAGAUGAAAUGCCAAUCUAAAGAGACAAACACCUCGUCUGGUGAUAAGACUUUUAUUCAGUCAAUGCCAUCACCUAAGCAGGAACGCAAGACGUACAACAAAAAGCAGUAUUGCCUUUAUUGCUCUAAGCCAUAUUCAAAAAUGGCCAGACACCUUGAAUUUGUCCAUCGCAACGAAGUGGGGGUUGUAAAGGCAGUAGCAUUUCCAAAACAUUCCAAAGAAAGACGAGUCCAGUUAAACCUCCUUAGAAAAAGGGGCAACUUUGCCCACAACACCGAUGUGGUGAGACAAGGACAUGGGGAGAUGAUUGCCUGCUACCGUCCAAAAAAUAGUCAAAGAGCCAAUGAAUUUAUUCACUGCAUUUACUGCCAAGGGCUUUAUAACAAGCGUAGCCUUUGGAAACAUAUCAAAAACUGUCCCCUGAAACCAAAAAAUGAGGAUGCCCAGGGCAGGAAAAGAGUUCGAUCCCUGUGUGCUCUAAACACACCAGUGGGCUUAGAAGUGAGCAAAGGAUUCAAGAAAGUACUCUCCUUUAUGAACUAUGAUGAAGUUUCGCGUGUAGUUCAUACUGACAGAUGCAUCAUGCAGCUGGGGGAGCACAUGUUCAACAGGAUGGGGUCUGAUGUGACCAAACAUGACUACAUCAGACAGAAGAUGAGAGAAGUAGGCAGACUUCUUCUUGAAGCAAGGAAGAUUACCCCACUGAGAACAAUGGUAGACUUCAUCAUACCAACUAACUUCAAACAUGUCAUAGCAGCUGUUAAAGUUGUAUCUGGCUAUGAUGAAGAGAAAAACUCCUACCGCAUUCCUUCUUUAGCUCUCAAACUUGGGCAUUCUUUAAACAAGAUAUCUAGCAUUGUUGAGAGCAAUGCCAUGAUGUAUGGAGAUCAUGAGCGUGCUGAGUGUGCCCGAGACUUCAGGAAAAUACACCAGGCAAGGUGGAAUGAGUACAUUUCUGCUGGUGCUAUAACUACAUUGAAAGAAGCCAAGUGGAACACACCACAGAUCAUUCCUUUCACUCAGGAUGUCAAAGUCCUGCACACACAUCUUGAAAAGAAACACAAUGAGCUCCUAAGUAAGCUCAGAUCUUGCCCUUCUGCUGACAGCUACGCUGCUCUAGCCAAGGUCACGCUGUCCCAGGUCAUCCUGUUCAACCGAAGGAGAGAAGGUGAGGUAUCCCGGAUGCUUUUGUCAGCUUUUAAAAGCAGGGAUUCUUCUGAGCUACACGAAGACAUUGCCAUCUGUCUGUCUGAGUUUGAGAGGAAGCUGUGUCUGCACUUCUCAAGAGUUGAGAUCCGUGGUAAACGAGGGAGAAAGGUUCCUGUGCUCCUCAAGCCUUCCAUGGUUUCUGCCAUGGAGCUGCUUGUUGAAACGCGUGAGCUUUGUGGUGUUCCAGCAGAGAAUCCCUUUAUGUUUGCUAGAUGUGGAGCAAUGUCUGCCUACAGAGGAGGAGAGUGCAUCAACAAAGCUGCUUGCGAAUGUGGCAUAAAGAACCCUGAUGCACUGUCAUCAACUAGGCUUAGGAAACACAUAGCAACCAUGUCUAAAAUUCUUAACCUUAAUGAGAAUGAAGCAGACCAACUGGCUGAUUUCCUUGGUCACGAUAUCCGAAUCCACAGACAGUAUUAUCGGUUACCAGAGGGAACACUGCAGCUGGCAAAAAUGAGUAAAGUCCUAAUGGCCAUGGAGAAAGGAACACUGUCUGACUACAAAGGAAAGAAACUUGAUGACAUUGAAAUCGACCCAAAUGAGCAACUUGAGGCCCAAGGUGAUUCCAUGUCAAGUGAUGAGGAGGAUUCCAGUGACCUCUCUCAGACGACAGCACCAGCACCAGUACAGACUGAACAACCUGUUCAAUCUGAACAAGCUGUUUCACAGGAGGAUCAAGGUUCUUCAAAUGCUCCAAAAAAGAAAUGGGAGGACAGUGAGGUAAAAGCAGUAGAGAGACACAUGAUGAGUUUCAUCAAGACAUGCAAAGUUCCUGGUAAGCAAGACUGUGAAAGAUGCAUUCACGCAGAGCCAGAAGCUUUGAAGCAGCGAACAUGGACUGGUGUGAAAAAUUAUGUGCGGAACAGGAUCACGACUCUUAAAAGAAAGGGUGGUUUGUAGGGAGGGACAAAC